GGGGAAUCCCCACGUUGGAUUUUCCAUCUUGCUUGUUGACGACUGACUGAUGAGAAAUCUGACUGGUUUAUAUAUUUUUCUGAAUGCUUAGACAGAUUUCCGGGAAUGUGCCAGUAUCUAGAGUAUCAACAGUGAGUGAAGAAGGACCAGUAUGAGUGACCCCGACGGUGAUACCUCUGACUCAGUCGAGUAUGAAUUUUCCAUUGAAAGCGAUCCAAACAUUGUAUUCCAAGUGAAAAAGAACAAGAUUACCAAUGGUGAAAUUACCCAGAUGGUGCUCGAUGACGAAUCUGAACCUCAUAUUGAGAUUGUAGAGCAGCCACAACCCCGUGGAUUCCGAUUUCGUUAUGAAUGUGAGGGCCCAUCUCAUGGAGGUCUACAGGGAGAGAAAAGUGAAAAAUACCGCAAGACUUACCCUGCUAUCAAGAUCAAGAAUUACAAUGGACCCGCCCGUGUGGUGGUUACCUUGGUAACAGAUGAGGUCAUCCCUCGUCCACACGCCCAUAAACUGGUGGGGCGAAACUGUAAUGAAGGAACUUGCAUUGUGGAAUUAAAAGGUGGACAAAACUCUCUGACGUUUCCCAACCUGUGUGUCCAACAUGUGACGAGAAGGAAAGCAUCAGAUGUGAUAGAACAGAGAAUCCUGGAGUCCAUUAAACUUGACAAACUCGUCAAACUAGGUGACCUGAACGCCCAGGCAGACCUUACAGUGGAAGAUGUUAACCAGGCUAAGGUACAAUCUGAGAAACUUGCCAAGGAAAUGCAGUUAAAUGUUGUGAAGCUGUGUUUCCAAGCCUACCUACGAGAUGAAAAUGGAAUGUUUAGUCGUCUGCUUCCCUCUGUUCUAUCCAACCCUAUAUAUGAUAGCAAAUCACCUGGAGCCAAUGCCCUCAAAAUCUGUCGCAUGGAUAAAUACGGGGGCUGUUGUACUGGAAAUGAAGAGGUGUUUCUGUUGUGUGAAAAAGUACAGAAAGACGACAUCUCGGUAAGAUUUGUGGAGCAAGAUGAGGAGGGUCAAGUGACUUGGGAGGCGUAUGGGACCUUUGGGCCUUUUGAUGUCCACAGACAGUAUGCCAUCGUCUUCAAAACCCCACCCUACAAGGACCCAACGAUAGACAGAGCAGUAAAUGUUCUCAUAAUGUUACAACGCAAGUCAGAUUCUGAAAGCAGUGAUCCAAAGUCUUUUACCUACUACCCUCAGAACAUCGACAUGGAUGACAUUCGUAAGAAGAGAAAGAAGACUCUGCCAAUAUAUCCAGGGAGUGGUAACUUUGGCUCUGGAGGCGGCGAUAAACAACGAGGAGGCAGUGGCAACUUCUUCGGUGCAGUCAAUGGAAACUCGUUGUCUGAUAGCCAAGGAAACAUGCCCACAACAGUUAACCAAGAUGAAGAUGCUCCUCUGUCUAGAAGGACUAUGGCUAAGGCAAGGCGUAAUCCUGUACAACAACGCAUCACCCCCCAUGAUGACUUGGAAACUGAUACACCACCAGCUGUCACAUUAGCAUGUCAGCCUCCGAAACAAGCUGUUAACCCCUAUUUCAGCAGUAUGCAGAUGCCUCAGCAAACUUUACCGCAAACCAUGCCUAUUAGGAUACCCCAGACCACAGCCUAUACCACGCCCUCUAACACUAACAUGACUCCACCACAAACCAUGUAUAUGCCAAACACCCUAAAUACAUCAGUUCCACAAACAUCUGCCCAAAAUACGUACAUGGCUACCUCCCACAAUAACCAAAUAGGGAUGUCCCAGGGUCAUCAAAUAUCAAUGCCUCAUAUGCCACAACAGAUAACUCAACUACCGACCAUGUACACUAACAACCAGUACCAGGGUCAGAUCCUGAUGGCUCCAUCCAACCUGUACAUGAACCCUAACCUUAUGACUAGAGGCUCAGAGAGAGAGACUUCACCCAUUCCAAGCAUUCCACUAACUGUCCAUGAUGACAGGGAGAUCAUAGAAAAAUAUUCGGAUCUGAUUCCACUGACCGUUAGUGCGGAUAUGGGAACAUGUCCACCUCAGAUUCCACUGACCGUUAGUGGACAUGAUGUGGUUGAUGGCAUGGUCAAAAUGGAAAGUCCAGCAAUAGUUCAUCAACCUGUUAAACGCGUGCACAAAUUCCACAGUGAUCCUGGUUCCCGUACAACUAAAAGUGUACAUGGUAGGUUUUAUUUUCUGGCAUUAUAUUCAAUUUUUUUCGUACUAAACAGACGCUUAAUCAUUGUCCUUUAUAAAAUAAUUCCAAAACUUGCCUUUUCUCUUUUUUAUCCUUUCCUUGUAUCUGGCCUUGUAAGGAUGGGGACAUGUAAGUAUCUCACCUGUAUUGCGGACGAGGAUGGGGACAUACCUCUACACACCUGUAUUAUCAACCACCAGCUGGAGGUCGUCCACAACCUACUGGAUGUCAUGGAAACUUUGCCCAAUGCUCAGUCCAAGAUCAAUGUCCACAAUAGGAGACUCCAGACACCAUUGCAUCUUGCUGUGAUAACUGGCCAGGAAGGAGUGGUUGAUGCCCUUCUCAAGGCAGGAGGAGAACCCACUGUUCUUGAUCGUCAUGGUAACACAGCAGCUCACUUAGCCUCGCUUUACAAAAAGGACAAGUGUCUUGCAGCAAUGCUCAAAUAUAUCCGGCCGAGAGUCAGCAGGCAGAGACCUUUCCCAGAACUUGACAUCAAGAACAUUGAUGGUUUGACUCCACUCCAUAUUUCUGCCCAAAAAGAGGACUUAACAUCCAUAAAACUAUUAAUAAAGGGCAAAGCUGAUGUGAACAUGGCUGAUGGGAAAAGUGGUCGAACAGCCCUUCACUACGCAGCAGGCAGUGACGACCUCGCUACUGCUGGCUGGCUACUUCUAGAGGCCAAAGCUGCAGUCAAUGCUACAUGUUUUGAUGGCAACACAUCUCUUCAUGUGGCUUGUGGCCGGCAGAAUGUUGGUAUGGUAGCCCUCCUGAUGGCAGCUGGGGCUGACCCAAAAAUUGAGAACAUGGACUACGAAGAUGAGAGUUCAGAGAAUGAAAAUGAGGAUGAGAAAGACAAAGAUGAGAUGAUAAGAAAGGACAAGUGUCAGCGAGGUCGUACAGCAGAGGACUUUGCAAUGGACAAUGAUAAGAUUCUAAAGGUGUUGUAUGGACACCCCUAUACAAGUAUGAGUGAGAUUCAUGAGGAGGCUGACAACAGGGAAUAUGAGCAAACAGCUGAGAUGUUCACCUCCCUGUCCCUGGUGAAAGGUGAACAGGAGGAAACUGGCCUCAGUAGUAUAGGUCCCAUCACCGACGGAGGUGACAUGGCCAGCAUCACAUAUCCACAGAGGGUGAAGCUCUCCCAGUUGCUGGACCCUGACAGGGAGGGACAAGACUGGCGCUCACUGGCAGACAGACUUGGCUUCAGCAAACUAAUCUCAGGCAGCCAGACAGGACACAGUCCUACCCGCAUCCUCUUCACUUACUACGAGGAAUGUGGUGGAACUGUAAAGCGACUGAAAGAUGCACUUAUGGCUUUACACAGGACAGAUGCUGUCAAACUCUUAUCUCACCCAGACUCCGAAACUACAGAUGUCCGGAAGGAGAAAACCAUAUCAUCUGAGGGCAGCCUAAUAGACUCUGGACUGAAUUCAAAAAGUCUGACUCUACAUUAACAUAAGAGAACAUUAACAUAGGAGAUGGCUGAGGAGUGCCACUGUGUUAUAAGUCACAGUGUCCACUGGCUGUACAGAAUAGUGCUACGACUGUGUACGUUUUACAACAACAUGGCCUUGUCAAUGGUAUAUACAUGAUUAUGUUUUACAUAGGUUACUGUAUAUAUAGGUCACUGAUCAUAUCAGAUAUUGUAUAGGUCACUGUAUAUAUAUAGGUUACUGUAUAUAUAGUGAAGUUUGUAUAUAUUGCUCAUUGUCUCCUAUAUUCAGAACAUGAUGAUAUUUAGCAAUCCUGACAUCCUUGAGUAAAGGUCCGGGGUGUGUGGUUUAAUCCCUACCCCAGGUGGUUUAAGUUUCUCCAGAAACUGAGAUAACAGACUGCACUGCGUCGUGGUUGUGUCCUUGGGCAAGACACUUUACCCUUAUUUCUCUGGAUGGCAUGUGGCAGACCUCUUGUAUGCUGUUAAGUGAGGUAGCUACCACCUACUGCAAGCCACAUCAAAAUGACUUUGGCUGUCCAUCGGGCGAUAAACCCAGCAAAACAGUGAUUGUGUAUUAGAGAUUCAUUGCUCCUUGUUUAAGUACCAAAACAUAGUUGUACAUAGUAUUUGAACUGUUGUUCAUGUCAAAGUAUUAUCAUUUCUAAUUUCCAUAAGAUUUCACUAACAAAUUAAAGAGCAGUCAUUUUGGGAAAUGUAUCUAGGUUAUAAAGUGUACAUACAAAAAUAUGUUUUCAUUGAUCAUUUUAACUACUUUGAUCAAAUACUGUAUAUGACCUAAUAAGGGCGCAGGGCACGGGUUAUUGACAUUCUGAUUUUUUAUGAAACAGACUAUACCUUAUAGCAGAAUACCCAAGGCUGUGGAAACAGUAAAAUAUUCAGUCAAAAAAAUAUUCCAGAUGAAGAUAUCUAUUCAUUAUCAUAUAU